AAGCAGAAACAGUUUGGUAAGAAACUCUGCAUACCCAGGACUUCCAGAGGAACACAAGAAUUUCUAGCCAUGGCCAGUAAACCCAGACUGCAUUACUUUGAAGGAAGAGGCCGCAUGGAGAGCAUUCGGUGGUUAUUGGCAGCAGCUGGUGUUGAGUAUGAAGAACAAUUAAUUAAAACAAAGGAAGACCUAGAAAAAUUAAAGAAAGAUGGAGUCCUGCUGUUUCAGCAAGUGCCCAUGGUCGAAAUUGACGGCAUGAAGAUGGUUCAGACUCGAGCAAUCCUGAACUACGUUGCAGCAAAAUACAAUCUCUGUGGGAAAGACCUCAAGGAUAAUGCAUUAAUGGAUAUGUAUAUCGAAAGUAUGAUGGAUUUGGGUGAAAUGAUCAUGCUUCAUCCUUUCAAGCCAGCGGAUGACAAAGAAGAACGACUUGCCUUGAUUACUGAAAGGGCCACCACCAGAUACUUUCCAGUCUUUGAAAAGGUCCUCAAAGAUCAUGGGCAGAAUUAUCUUGUUGGAAACAAGUUCAGCAGAGCAGAUGUUCAAUUGCUUGAAGUCAUUUUAAUGGCAGAAGAACUCAAACCUGAUAUUCUGUCAAAAUUCUCACUUUUAAAGGCUUAUAAAGGACGAAUAAGCAACAUUCCUACAAUCAAAAAGUUCCUGCAGCCUGGCAGUGCAAGAAAACCACCGACCGAUGAAAAAACGGCUGCAGAAGCGAUCAAGAUAUUCCACUGAAUCAGGAUCAUGACAAACGUAGUUGCGAUUAACAUGCUACUAUUGGGACACUCUUUCAAGAGUAUAACAACAUACAGGCACAGAUUUCCAGUCACAACAAUGUACAGCAAAAUGUCCAGCAAAAUGGGAGAAAAUAGAAGUGACAUCAAUUACACGCUACUACACUAAAACACAAUAAAAUAUUUUGCUGUCCAGA